AUGUGCAGCCAGUUCGGACGUUCCACAUUCAUUUGGCACUACAUUCUCUUUGUCAAUAUGUCGCAGCUCAAGAACGAAAUCUCCUCGUCCGACUUUGAGGUCGAGGCCGACGAACGACGUGUCGUGCCCAAAAUUGGCAUGCUGCGCGCCGUUGACACCCUUCGCACCGGCCUCACCUUGUUGGCAUUGGCCGCUGGCGCUGCUGUUCUCGGUCUUGCUGCUCAUACGCUGGACGUGUACAAGUCCACCUCGCUGCCUGGAGACUACCUGCUGCAUCUCUGGCCCGAAGAGUUUGACGUCCGGCCUGCCAACGCGCUUGUUGCAUGCGGUGUGCUUGUUCUUGUAGCCAACGCCGUGGCGCUGGGCAUGAGCAAGGUUUCUUUUGUCGGCUCCCGCUACUUGGCCCGCUCAUCCGUCUCUGUCGCCGCCCCCGCGGUCGGUCUCGUUGGCGCCCUGGUGGCCAUGUCCAUCUUUUACGCCGUCGAUGCAUCGACAAAGGCGGAUUCUAUCCAGAGCUGGAGCUGCCGCUGGGACGGCGUGGCCAUGGACAUGCGCCCGCACUUUGGUACCCUGUGCAAGGAAAGCAGGGCGGCGCUUACGCUGGCGACGCUGCUCGUGCCGGUUGAGGCCUUGAUUAUUGGCGUGGCCGGGUACGAGGCGGUCCUGCUCCGCCGCAUCAACCAAGGCCUUCAUCACUGA